CACACACACACACACACACACACACCCUACCCAACCCUACCCCUUGUUGUGUGGCUUAUCCCCAUUUCUUAGAGCUGCCCAUCACAAAGCCGUACACCUCCUGAACUGAACUCUAUAGCCUAGAGGACCAGACUUCACGCUAAAAUGAACUCCAUUUAGUUUUCAUUGAAUCAAGAGCUCUCCUGCUGUGGUGCUGCAAAACGUAUUCUCAGCACAGUAAUAAUCCCCACAACAUUAACUGUAGUUAUUUUCCGAUGACCUUCAGAUGUACAAUUGUGUUUAGUUAAAUGCCUUGGCUUUCAAAUGCCUUUUCCCUUCAACUCAAAGCCAGACAGUCCUGGAGUAGACAUAGGCCCUUGAGUGUUGUGUUGUGUUUUGUUGUGUUUUGUUCGUCUGUUCCAGGAGCCAGCUGAGGUAUUUUGGACUCUCUUGGCUAACGGGGGAAACUGCUGUAGCGGCGGCGUGUUCCGGAAGGCUGGCCGACCUUAUCAGCUCUGUGCUUUCCUGUGAUUUUGUAGCAGCAAAGCUGCAGCCACUUUCAGAGACGCGAUCUGUAUGGUUGCCAAGGUGACGCAAGAACAGGAGGCAGGAGGCAACUUGUAGUGGUUUUCAGUUUCUAUCAGAGAGGAUCAUGAAAGCUGCUAAAGCUGUGUACAGUGCACUAAUUGAACGCAAUCCAGGUUUGAUCAGGGAUCGAAAGCAUCACUUAAAAACAUACAGGCAGUGCUGUAGCGGGAAGGAGUUGGUUGAUUGGCUGAUUAAGUUACAAGACUGCUCCCAGUUACGAAGCCAGGCGGUUGGCAUGUGGCAAGUCCUGGUGGACGAAGGCAUCCUAAUUCAUGUGAAGCAAGAGCUGAACUUUCAGGACAGAGACACUCAGUUCUACCGCUUCAUUGACAUGGAGUUUGACGUCGGCCAGUCAGGGGAUGAGAAGGACUCCCGGGAGGAGGAGCUUCAGGAGAGCCUCUCCCUAUUGGUCCAGAUGGGCCCUGACGCUCUCCUCACAAUGAUUCUGCGCAAACCGCCAAACCAGAGGAGUGCGGAGGAUCUGGAGGUGAUUUAUGAGGAGUUGAUGCACAUCAAGGCCGCGGCCCACCUCUCCACCUCAGUGCGGAAGGAGUUGGCGGCUGUGUUGGCAUUCGAAUCUCACACCAAAGCGGGCACAGUCUUGUUCAGCCAGGGUGACAAAGGGACUUCCUGGUACAUCAUCUGGAAGGGCUCUGUUAAUGUCAUCACGCACGGCAAGGGUCUGGUGACCACACUGCAUGAGGGAGAGGACUUUGGGCAGUUGGCCCUGCUCAAUGAUGCACCCCGAGCUGCCACAAUCAUUAUGCGUGAAGACAACUGCCACUUUCUCAGAGUGGACAAGCAAGACUUCAUACGCAUCGUCAAAGAUGUGGAGGCCAACACUGUGCGUCUGGAAGAACAUGGGAAAGCCGUCCUGGUGCUUGAAAAAAGCUCUGAACAGGAGUCGGCCAAUCAGGGAGGAGCAGCAAGCAGCAGCAAGUACACGGUGAUGUCAGGAACUCCAGAGAAGAUUCUGGAACAUUUGCUUGACACAAUUAAGCUAGACACAAACGGGAGUGACCAAAUAGAUGCGUCUGUAAGUGACUUCCUGCUCACCCACCAGGUCUUCAUGCCCUCAGGACAGCUGUGCACUGCCCUGCUGAACCAUUACCACGCUGAGCCGUCGGAGGGCUCGGAGCUGGAGAAGGCAGCCUAUGCCCUGAACACCAAGCAGAAGAUCGUCAAGCUGGUCGUCCAGUGGGUCUCCUUAUAUGGGCUAUCGCUGAAGGACAACCCUCCAGUGGUGGACUUCCUGGAGCAGAGCCUGCGGAAGGAGGUGCUGGGGGACUCGCGCCUCUACGCGCUGCUCAGGGAACAGCUCAAGGAGAGGAGGAAGAAAAUGCUGGACAAUGGCCAUCAGCCUUCGCUUAAGCAACACAAUGAACUUGACUGGUUCCUUGGCUACGACAACCCAGCGGGAAAAUGCCAGCCCAUCAAGGUCAAUGACAAAGUCUUGCAUGAAGUCUUCCGGCCUGACCACACGUUUGUGUGCCUGAUGCUGCCCGUGAACUCGUCUGUGCUGGACAUCGUGGAGGCCAUGACCAGUUCAAGUGGAGAUUACGUACUUGUCAAAAUGAACUCUUCAGGAGAUAGGGAGGAGCUCAAGCUGGAGGCCCGGGCUGUGUCCACCUCUCUGGGCCUGAACGAGAGACUGUUCCUCUGCUCAGCCAACCAGGUGGACGAGCUGACACCCCUAAGGGAGCAGCUGGGCCCGGAGCUGAACACUAUGGAGCCGUUGGAGCAGAUGUGCUCUAAGGACAUUGCUGUCCAACUCAACAGCUACGACUGGGAGCUGUUCAGCACCAUGCAUGAGACGGAGCUGCUCUACUACGUGUUCGGGAGGGAGAAAUUCCCCAACACCACCACAGCCAACCUGGAGCGCUUCAUGUGUCGCUUCAACGAGGUGCAGUUCUGGGUGGUGACAGAGCUGUGCCUGUGUGUGGACCAGGCCAAGCGGGCCACUCUGCUCAAGAAGUUCAUCAAGAUUGCCAUCGUCCUGAAGGAACAAAAGAAUCUCAACUCGUUUUAUGCUGUGAUGUUUGGCCUGACCAACAGUGCGGUCACCCGUCUCUACAAGACCUGGGAGAGGGUACCAAACAAGACGAGGAGGAUCUUCACUACAUACGAGAGAAUGCUGGAUCCUGCCAGGAACCACCGCGCGUACCGGCUAGCAGUGGCCAAGCUGAGCUCUCCUUAUAUCCCCUUUAUGCCUCUCAUAUUGAAAGACAUGACGUUCAUCCACGAGGGAAAUAAGAACUACACCAGCACUCUGGUCAACUUUGAGAAGAUGCGCAUGAUCGCCAGGACCAUGAAAAUAGUGACCGACUGCAGGGACCAACCUUACUCAGUUCCAUCAUCACCACAGAAGGGUCUGACGGAGCGGAUGUUCCUGGACACUCCAGCCAUUCGUCUGUCCACCUAUUCUGACCAGUCACUCACCUUGCGCAGCUCCAGCAAUGUCCGUUACUACGUCCAGAACCUCAAAGUCAUCGACAACCAGAGGAAGCUGACGCAGAUGUCCAGGGACAUCGAGCGCUAACCAACCAGAAGACACUAACGCAGAUGUCCAGGGACAUCGAACGCUGACAUUCCAUGACAACAAAUCAAAAGCACAGGGCAGACUGUCCUGUAUCAUCACCAUAGAGGCCAAUCAGUGCUGUCCUGUAUCAUCACCAUAGAGGCCCAUCAGUGCUGUCCUGUAUCAUCACCAUAGAGGCCCAUCAGUGCUGUCCUGCUCCACUGGAUCAAGCUAAUUACAGCAUCGUACAGCCAUAGAACUCGUUAAAGGGAUUGUUCACGCCUCCCAAAUGAACCCGCCACUAUCUCCACAACCUCCAGACAGUGCUCACUCAUACAUGAUUUGCUUGUCAGUUCUAAAUGAGAUAUGCGAUUGACACAUGAUUGGAAAGAAUAGGCAGUUCACUUCAAUGAUAAAGAAAAGAACAACUUUUUGAAAAGAACAUUGCUAUUUAACUGUAUAAGUUCAUAUGGGGUUUAAGUGAUAUAAUGUGUGCACCAGAUGUAGGUCAGCUGUAGGUGUCUGAGCUUUCCCACCACUGCCUGGCCUACAGCUCCCUCUAGAGGCCAUAAAGAGGGGACCACUGAUCACUGAUGCCUGGCCUACAGCUCCCUCUAGUGGCUGUAUAGAGGGACCACUGAUGCCUACAGCUCCCUCUAGUGGCCGUAUAGAGGGACCACUGAUCACUGAUGCCUACAGCUCCCUCUAGUGGCCGUAUAGAGGGGCCACUGACCUACAGCUCCCUCUAGUAGCCGUAUAGAGGGACCACUGACCUACAGCUCCCUCUAGUGGCCAUAUAGAGGGACCACUGAUGCCUGACCUACAGCUCCCUCUAGAGGCCGUAUAGAGGGGCCACUGACCUACAGCUCCCUCUAGAGGACGUAUAGAGGGGCCACUGAUGCCUGACCUACAGCUCCCUGUAGAGGCCGUAUAGAGGGACCACUGACCUACAGCUCCCUCUAGAGGACGUAUAGAGGCAAACGUAAGCAUGCGCAGCAUGCGAGAAUUUCACGCUAAUGUAGACAGGCUGCUGAAAAUGCUAGUUGUGGCCGCUGAAGGUAUUUAUAUUAUCAUGCUUCGCUUAGAGGCCAUUCAGCUGGAGGCCACUGUGUGCGCCAUUUAGAGUCUGAAGGUUGCGACGCCUAUAGUAACCAAGGACUUGUGGUCAUUUUGGAGAGGAUGGAAACUAUCAACACAGAGCACAAUCAGUUUUGUAGUUUUUACAGUCAAAUGUUUGAGAAACAUAUUUCAUAUUAAAUGUAUCAGAAGUUUUAUUUUUUCCUAAAUAAAUAAUUUAAAACAA